UUUUUUCCCCCGGAUGUUGUUUUCUGAGGACGUGAUAAUGUCGAUGUUGCGUAACGACAGGAAAGUCGAAGUUUUUUGAGUUACUCGUAUUUAGGUAUAUGAAACUUAUCACUGGGAACAAAGAAUUAGGAGCAUCUAGUCAACUUAACUUUUGUUGUUAGUUAAGUGCAUUAGAGAGAUAGAGAGAGGAGACGGUUUGUAACAUUUCCUUCUUGAAAACAUGCCGCAGGAAGCCGAAAAUACAGCCCAAGAAAUACUCCCGCUAAGAUCGCUGAACAGCCGCCGAGAAGUUCGGGUUAUAUUUUGCAACCGAAGCCCUCGCUCAGUCCAACCUAUAUGGAUAGGUUUUAAGGGGGAAUCUGUCCUUUACGAAAUUUUGCAGCCUGGUACUGGCCAUAGAAUGAUGACUUACGUGGACCAUCUGUGGAUGUUCAGAGAUUCGGAGAAAGACGAGCCAAUGAUGGUUAACGGGCAGGAACUGUUUUGCCAGAAGGCCCCGGUAAAUGCUCCGGUUUUGGUGAACAUCACGCUGCCAGUCUUGAGCUUAAAGGAGCGCUGUCUCCAAGUGGUCCGCCGACUGGUCAAGCCAGAGGACUACAGGAAGCUGGAGAUUGCUCACUCUCUUCACGAGGACCUUGAGGACCAGCCUAGUGUGAAGAAGGACAUGCAGCGGAUCUCCUGGAGGUUGGAGCAGCAGCUUCGCCAGGGCAGGGAGAUGCAGCAGACUUGAUGUUGGCUUUGUGCAGCUCUAUAUGCAAUAAAUAAACAAUAAGAGAGGUUACUGCGGUGCUGGAGAGAUAUUGGAAAUGUGAAAGACAUGGGACAGGGACUGAGAUGCGAUGAUAGAUAUGCUUUAUUAUGCAUUAUAUGUACCAUAUGCAGACAUGUAUAUACUACUUGUCUUAAUGUUGUCAAGUCUCCUUCAUUAAAAGUAAAAGGCACAGCUUAGUCCUAUUCACCCAUCACGGAGACUAGUGCAAUUAAUUUUUUAAUUAGCAUAAAUUAAUUUAUUUUUAAUCGUUUUUUUUUCUUUUACACUAAACAAAAUGGAUACCAAAACCUGUGAAUUUUCCGCUUAUAUUUGUAUAUAUUUCUGGAAUACAGUAUUUUUUUGGAGUUAGGAAAUGUGUUAGAUGGUGUUACAGUAAACCAUUCUGAAUGAUCAUGCUCAUGUCUUUCAGUACAUCCCCGGAUUGUGGAAUUUGAUUUGCAUUUGCUGAGAUACUUGGGCUUAAUGUGUUUAAAAUCACCCCGCCCCUGUUAAGACACUACCUUCCCCCUUUGACAAAUCUUACCAUCCCUGGAUGGUAGUCAGACUACAGUUUUGAAAUAUCUUUAUUGGCAGUGCAUAGUAGAUUGGAUAUGCUACUGAUGUGAUGUAAAAACUACUGAGAUGUAAGCAAGCUCUGAAUGUCUUUGGACAGCAGGGUUAAAUUAGACUAUAGUAAGUACUAUGUGCAUUUUUAAGUGAUUUGACUGCUGUGAUUUUAACACAUCUGCUGUUAUAGUAUAAAUGAUGCACUACCAGACUGUAUAAUGGCUUGUACUAGGACAGUCUCAUUGAGAAUUUCUGUUAUUCUCACCUGGUGUUCUUCUGUUUGAGCUAGCUAAUGCAAAGCCAAAUUUUUAUAUUCAGACACAAAAAUGCUAAAUACAAAAUGUAGGAAGAGGUCUUUGAGUUCAAAUGAUUUCUUCGUCCAUUUUCAGGCUGAAGUUGCCUCUAUAAAUUAUGUAAAGUUUAUGAACAGAGAGAAACAAGACAGCACCUUGUUUCACCAAAGCAUUUUGUUUCUUUCAUCAUGUACAAAUAUGUUGUUCUUAAGGAAUCUUUUGAUUAAAUCUGAGGUCACCA